ACACACACACACACACACACACACACACACACACACACACACACACACACACACACACACAGUCUGUAUUUAGAACAGCUGAUUUGGACAUGUGAGCUGGCCACGUGCCUGGGACAAGAAAAACAACAAAACCUUUCAACCAAUCAGAACAGUCCUCGUCCUGGCUCCGCCCCCUGCUCUCCUGGCUCCGCCCCCUGCUGCAGCCUGUAACUGCACUGCAGCACAGAACCACAGGAACCGGUCAGCUCCUGUCCACAACUGUAGACAUGUCCCGGAAAAGAGCUGCAGAACCGGACCAGCUCCCCACUCCCAGCCCGGAGAGGAAGCGGGUCUGCUGGGGGAUUUUAACAAGUCAAGGGUCCUGGGCAGAUCGCUCUCCUCUUCAUGAAGCAGCCUCUCAGGGCCGUCUGCUCGCCCUGCGCACACUGUUGACUCAGGGCUAUCAUGCUAACACCGUCACCAUGGAUCAYGUGACACCUCUCCAUGAAGCCUGCCUGUCAGGACACUUAGCUUGUGUCAGAGCGUUGUUAGCUGUUGGAGCUAAUGUGAACGCUGCCACCAUUGAUGGCGUCACUCCUUUGUUCAACUGCUGCGCCUCGGGGAGUGUUGGUUGUCUGGACCUGCUGCUGCAGAGCGGAGCACACGUCCGUGCACGUCACACACAUUUCCCUUCAGCUUUGCAUGAAGCCUGCAGACGAG